CCUGUUCAACCUUGACGAUCAGUGCGAUCUCGAUAUACAACCUGUUCUUCUCACUUUGAGGAGCGGUUUAUAGAUCUCGUAUCGUAUUUUUGUUCAUUAUCAGUGACAUCUCCGUCUUAUUCAAAGUCAAGAUUCGUCGCUGGCAAUGCCCAAAGAACGCUUUGAGCACGAUCGUAACGAUGAUCCCGUAGUCGACGAGGAAACAAGCCAGCUAUGGCCUCCAUUAUGCUUUCGACUUCAAAAUUCGCUUAUAUACCCGACGAACGGUCCUCGUGUCAAAGGCGCCAACCUUGACAUUGCUUUACUCGACCACCUUGACAAUCAGGACGUAAAACCAGGUAUUCUGGCGCCUGUGGCAGGUGAACGUACCGUUCUCCCGCAUACCUUGAAUUAUUGGGAUGAAAUUCUGAAUGUUUAUGAGGACGUCAUCGAGAAGAUGUCGAAUUUACCCAACGUAUGGAAAGAGAUGGCGGUUGUUCCUCGUGAUGUAUUUAAAGAGAUAGUAGCUCAGGACGUGGAGCAAAGUUGGACUACAUUCAAGUAUAACCCCUUGCGAGACAGCCUGAUCGCUUACUAUACCUUUAACAAUGACUAUAUCAUGGCAUUUCCUGCCAAGGAUUCCUCUAUCUUGUAUAUCGCAUGGGCCAUUCCGGGUAGAUUCGCUUUCAAAGUGAAUGACACCAACUUUGAAACGUCGUCCGCUCCGUGGGAAACGCUUAGAUCAAGCACUUUCCUCCAGUUUUCAACACCGAUUCUACAAGUCACUCGAUCUUAUCAUACACAAUAUUCAUCAUCCGCGGAUAUACGCAAUCCUACCUUUUUGUUCGGCGUUCGCACAGCGAUCAGCGCCUCAUUGGUGGAGGUUCAAUGGAUGCGCGAAAGUAGCACAAAAGGGGAUACAGAGGGGCAAUUGGUGGCUACCAUACUUUACGACUAUGUCCCAAUGCGUGAACGAAGCGGACCGCGUCGGUGCGCUCCGUCGCAUAUGACGCUUAGUCCGUUUGACAGUGACGAGUUUGCUGUGAUGGGUGAUAGUGGUCACGUUGUGGUUUUAAAUGUGAAAGCGUCACGGAAAAGAUUUCAGGCAGAAUGUGCACUGUCCAUUUCUGAGGAACCAUCCUACAGCCAUCGCUGGCGAUCCUGCCUAUUUGGUUUUCAUCGGCAAUCCUUAAUAGCAGCUUCGAGUACCAAGGUGGAAAUGAUCGAUUGUCGAACACGACAAUCGACGCUUUUAUUUCAAUGUGAACGAGACGAUAGAAUCUACGGACUUGAUCAGGCAUCCGCUCUUUCGCAGUUCAAGUUCACAGUGGUCACAAGCACUACGAUAUUCCUUUUGGAUAUUCGGCGUCCCCAAAGACCGGUUCUCUCCUGGUCGCAUCAAAUGAUUGAUUGUCCACCAACCAACGUCGAGUUUUGUGACGCUUUGCCGGACGAUGAAGGAUCCAAGGCCGGUUCCCGCCAAUGCCUGUUGUAUGCCUGGAGUUCGCGCAAUGAUCGCGUUCUUGUGAUUGAGCUAUAUUAUUCUGAGCAGACCCAUUCGUUGGAACGGUCAAUCCAGUGUAGCACUCUCAAAUUCCUUUCUCUCGAGUCUCGUCCGUAUGGUCAAAGCCAUGUGCGAAAACUAGGCCCUUUUAUGGAUGCAGACAGUGUCAAUACAUAUAUCCGCACGGACGGGAUCAAGAUUAUUGGCGUUCCUAUGCAUGCCGACUCGGACAAUGGCACCAACGGUUACUGUUAUUUCCUUUUGCGCUUUCUCGGUGACGGAUCCUUUUCCAUUCUUCCUUUUACCAUAGCACAGCAGCGUCAGAGCUUUUCGGUGACUCAAUGGCCGUCUUACCAAGUUGAGGAUGACCAUUUUAACCGCGACGUCAUUGACACGGCACGUACCGAGGACUAUGCUAUCCGCUGUGGCACAACGGAGCUCAAAUCGUGGGGCGACUUGGUCAAAUACAUACGCGAUCGCUAUGUCACCUCUCCCAUCUUGUCCAACCCCGAAUCAGUGUCGGAAUUGGCGGCGGAGCAAUUCAAACAGAUGGCCGAGAACAGUGCCAAGCAUCGGAUGCCAGUGUCACUGAAAACUAUAAUUGAUGACGUACAAUCGCAUUCCAAUCUACCAACCAAGGCUGUAUUGGAAGCGGACCAUUUUUUGGAAAGCGAACAAUCGAUGCAGCGUCUAACCACUGGAGGCGAAAACAGUGUGCGAAGUGUGUACGCGCAUGUGGAGAUAAGGAACGAUGCAAUGCUGCCUGCUGCUCCUGUGAUCGGUGCCUUGCAGGACACCCCAUUUGAUGAUCCUAACUUGAAGGAAGCAAGGAUCGAAACAAGUACUAUCAUUUGUGAUGCUUUGAGUCGUGACAUACAAGCGAAUCGGGUCACGUAUCUCCCGCUGCCAGAUCAUGACGGUCAGACCAAGUUGAGCUAUCUGUUACCGGCCAACAAGGGAUUCACCUUGACACCUGCCGCGCGAAUUCUCGCUCAAGAAUGGGACCUGGAGUUGCCGCUGAGUGCGCCGUUAAUUUUUAAUGACGAGCGAGUGUUGCCAGAAAAGACCCCGCCGCUGUUUCCAUUUCGUCGAUCGAAACAGAGAAAAACAGCCUUUUCCAAAUCAGUGGUGGUAUCUGCGGCGGAUGCUCAAGGGUCUGUGGACCUCGUUUUGCCGCCCUCUAUCUCCGUGACAAGCAAAGCAAUUGAAAAGUCGGUCCGUAAACGCCGACUUUCAGCGACAGAGGAUUCAUCCUUUGUGACAUCCCGAGUCGGUCAAACUAGUUCAUCUGUUGAUCAGGAAGAGCCGUCGAUGGAUUUCAUGUCUUUUGGCGACAUUUCUACGCAACCGGUUCCUGGCGCUUUCGCUAGCCGGCAACCCGUGGCCAAGAAAGUUAAAAAGAAGAAGAAGACCAAAGGUUUCAAGUAGAUUUGUUUUCUUCAAAUUUCAUUGCAUUUGUACAUAACGCACCCGCUCCUUACAUAUCUUACUGCAUACAUUUAUUAUCACUUUGGGAAUAACAGAUGUGUUAAAAUCAGUUAAAAUUUUUUCGACUGCGUACUUUGUUAUAACUUGGGAUAGCAUCGAGACUUAACUUCUUUAAACAAGAAUUACAUUCACAAAAUUACAAGCUGAAGGGCGGGAAUCGGUCAGGAACCAAAAAAUUGGGACUGUAAUGACAUUACUGUUUAUUUCAAAAAG